AUGGACUCUGGACAGACAGCCUUGGGGAGCACCAGCCGCCCCCCCAUGCCCGCGACCCUGCAGGGUGCUCCCGCACUGUGUAGUGCCACCGUGCACGUGGCAGCCAUGCCUCGUGCCAUGCGUUGCGCCACGCUCUGCAGCCGGACUUCGCACGGCAGACGCCUGCGCUCUCCUGCUUCUUGGCUUUGUUUAAACCUCUGUUUUCUUACAGUAAAUUGCUUGGAUCGACACGUCGAAAAGUCUCCGAACAGAGUGGCUUUGAUUUGGGAGAGAGACGAGCCUGGCACCGCAGUGCAUGUCACAUACAGAGAACUUCUGGAUCUGACCUGCCGUCUUGCCAACACCCUGAAGAAAUAUGGGAUACAGAAAGGGGACAAGGUGGCCAUCUAUAUGUCCGUGUCUCCCUUGUCUGUGGCAGCCAUGCUGGCUUGCGCCAGGAUUGGGGCUGUCCACACUGUGAUCUUCGCUGGAUUCAGCGCAGAAUCCUUAGCUGGGAGGAUCAUGGACUCUGGAUGCAAAGCAGUUAUCACCUACAACCAGGGAGUCAGGGGAGGCCGAAUCAUAGAGCUCAAGACAACUGUGGAUGAAGCUGUGAAGAACUGUCCAAGCGUCAAACAUGUCUUUGUGGCUCAGAGGACAGAUAACAAAGUCCAGAUGGGUGACCGUGAUAUACCCCUUGAGGAGGAGAUGGCCAAGGCAGCUUCUGUAUGCGCUCCAGAAAGCAUGGACAGCGAAGAUAUGCUUUUCAUGCUGUAUACCUCGGGCAGCACUGGGAAACCCAAAGGAAUCGUUCACACCCAGGCUGGGUACCUGCUGUACGCUGCUGUCACGCAUAAGUAUGUAUUUGACUACCAGCAAGGCGAUGUUUUUGGCUGUGUGGCUGACAUUGGCUGGAUCACGGGACAUAGCUAUGUUGUGUAUGGACCACUCUGCAAUGGAGCCACCUCUGUCCUGUUUGAAAGCACUCCGGUGUACCCUGACCCAGGUCGUUACUGGGAAGUGGUACAAAGGUUGAAAAUUAAUCAGUUUUAUGGAGCACCUACGGCUAUACGCUUGCUGCUGAAUUAUGGAGAAGAGUGGGUGAAGAAAUAUGACAGAUCUUCCUUGAAGACCUUGGGGUCAGUGGGAGAGCCCAUCAACCACGAAGCUUGGCAGUGGUUCUACCACGUGGUGGGAGAAGGGCGCUGCACCCUCGUGGACACAUGGUGGCAGACAGAAACUGGUGGCAUCUGCAUUGCCCCACGGCCUUCAGAGGAGAACGCUGAGAUUGUUCCGGCUAUGGCUAUGAGACCUUUCUUUGGAAUUGUGCCCGUGCUGAUGGAUGAGAAUGGAAAGGUAAUAGAGGGCAACGACGUGUCCGGUGCGCUCUGCAUUGCCCAGCCAUGGCCUGGCAUGGCGAGAACAAUCUACGGAGAUCACCAGCGAUUUGUUGAUGCCUAUUUCAAAGCCUACCCAGGUUACUACUUCACAGGGGAUGGUGCUUACAGGACCAAGAAAGGCUAUUACCAGAUAACGGGGCGCAUGGAUGAUGUCAUUAACAUCAGCGGACACAGGCUGGGGACGGCAGAGAUAGAAGAUGCAAUGGCUGACCACCCUGAGGUCCCCGAGACCGCUGUGAUUGGGUAUCCACACAAGAUCAAAGGAGAAGGUGCCUUUGCUUUCAUAGUGCUAAAGGAGCAGACAGCUCAUAUAGACCGUGUCAAAGAAGAACUCAAAACCAUAGUGGCUUCCAAGAUAGCAAAAUAUGCUGUGCCUGACCACAUUCUGGUGGUGAAACGUCUUCCUAAAACCCGAUCAGGGAAAAUCAUGAGAAGGCUGCUGAGGAAAGUAGUCACUGAACAAUCAAGCAACAUGGGAGAUGUCACCACACUUGAUGAUCCAAGUGUUGUCAAGGAGAUACUGGAUGCUUACCAGAAAUACAAGGAGAAGAAUUCCUCAUAACAGGCAGCUCUGAAAUCUCUCUUCUCUGGAAAUGUGAAAGGUCUCAAAUAACCAGGCAAACCACAUAGUUCUCUCUUGGCGUUUUUGUUUUUUUUUUUUUUAAAAACUCUGUUCCCUUCUAGGGCAACAAGAUUUUUCCACUCCACAACGUAUUUUGAGAUGCACAGA